CGACCACCUCCACCCUCGAUCCUGUACCGAGGUGCAACCCAGUCGAUACGCCGAAACGUCGACGAGCAUUGCGACUGCCGAUGGUAUGCCCAAGGGGCGCAACAGGUAGACUCUCGAGUUCAAACCCGUCGUGACGUUCAAUUGAUCAGGAACGCCCAACACUUCACGACAAAGCUUAAGACCAUCCAAGAACGGCUUCGUAGCAAAACUCCAUCAGCAUGGCCUCCUCAAAGAGAGGGCCCUCGGUCUUGGUGACCGACUCCCGAGACCCCCCACUGCCCCGCGGCACCAACCGCCCACGAGCGGCGACCGGCCCUGCGCGGCCGAGCACUCGCCUGAUAUCCGUCGACAACGUCCUUCAGUACUCGUCCGACAUACCUUCGGGUCAGCCGAGGGGUCCCCCGGGACAGCGUCCGACGCGCGCCGCGGCCAUGCGCCGCAACACCCAAGGCAAAGGCCUCCCGACCCUCGCCUCCGCCCGGACCGGCCAACAGAAUGUCCCCUCGCGAACCACAAAAGUGAGCGAGAAGCUCGUCUUGAUCCCCGAGGCUCCCCAGGACGAAGAAGCGGAGGGCGACGACGAGGAGCUGGCACGGCGGGCGUCGAUACUGCGGGCCGACGACGAGGACCGGCCGCUCAAGGACGAGGAACUCGACGUGCUGAGGAAGCGGGGCGGCAUCCGCGGGAAGAGCUAUGCAGAGCGCCUGCCCAAGGUCCAGCGCGGGGAGAAGGUGUCGCGCUUGACAGCCUACUGCACCGCCCAGUCGUACAAGAUGCAGGCGACGGCCGACUUCUUGAAGACGAAGCACGAGGCCAAGAUCAAGCUGUACGACGACUGCCUCUAUACCGUGUACCACCUCCCGCUCCUUCCCGGCGUCGAGGGCUACCGGCUGAGGAGUCGCCCCGUCCUCAAGACGCCGGGGACGGGCAAGACGGUUCUCGAUCUCGAGAUCGAGCGCAGCGAGCGCAGGGACGAGCACGAGGGUCUCUGGGACGAGUACUCUUACGGUGCCCAGGGGCUCGGCGGCAGCCCGAUUGCCGGGCCGCUACUACAACAUGUGGGGAGCGCUCCCGAGAACCUUGAGCCCUCGACGGGAGGAACCGGCGGCGGCGGCGGCGACGACCAAGCCCCGGGGCACGAGGGAGUCAGCAGCCCGAUCAACCGGCUGGUCCCCGACGCCAAGAACUUUGGCGACAUGUUCGUCUUCUCAUACGGCGUGGUCGUCUUCUGGAACUUCACCGAGCGGCAGGAGAAGGACAUCCUGGCCGACCUCACCUUUGCCGAGCACGAGACGGGCAUCCCCCUGGUCGCGGGGCCGCUCGACGAGAUGGACUUCGAGACCGAGGAGUUCCACUUCGAGUACAGCCCGGACGUCAAGCGCCCGCGCGUCUUCAACGACAUGAUCACGCUGCUCCCCCGCUCGGACCAUAUGGUCAAGCUGACCAUCAGCCACGCCAUCGCCCAGAGCACCAAGCUCUGCUUCUUCGAGGCGCGCAUGUCCGAGACCAUGCUCAACGCUCAGCACGUGCCCAAACGCCUCGCCCUCACGGGCGAGCUCAACAUGACGCGGACCGAGAUUGUCAAGAUCCUUGGCCGCCUGUUCAAGAGCCGGGUCGAUAUCAACCUAUCCUCCAACAUCCUCGACGUCCCUAACUUCUUCUGGGACUCGGAGCCGACCCUGCACCCGCUCUACGUCGCCGUGCGCGAGUACCUCGAGAUCGACCCGCGCAUCCGCGUGCUCAACGAGCGCUGCCGCGUCUUCCUCGACCUCGCCGACAUCCUCGCCGACAGCAUCGCCGACUCCAAGAUGAGCUACAUCACCUGGAUCAUCAUCUUCCUCAUCGUCAUCAGCAUCAUCGUCACCGUCACCGAGGUCGGCCUGCGCUUCGCCAUCCUGUCGAGGGAGAAGGGCAGGGAAGGAGGAGGCAGCAUAGGGGUCGGCGUCGGUCCCGCGAACGGAGGUCCCGGCAACGUCAUUGGCGGCGGCGACGGCGACGGCGACGAGCCCCAGCAGCAGCAGCGUGACCUGCGCUGGCUCGUGAGGGAGAACAAGAACGUGACGCUCGAGGAGCUGAGGCUGUGGAGCCGGGCGCUGAGCGAGCGCGAGAGGGCUGCCGUCUGCGGGGCGGACGUGGUGGGUAAGACGUUUGCGGGCGUCUGAAGACAAGGAGGAGGAGGACAAACAAAAGGGCAUAGGAUGGUGUGGAGAGUGGUUGGGGGGUUUGAUUCGACCUCCUAUCUAUUGUACAACAUUGUAUCAAAAAAGGAAAAAAAAAAAAAACUCUUGUUGGUGCAAUAGCGGCGCCGGGAUGGUGGGUUGGAA